AUGCGGAUCCUCUUCCUGGCCGUGCUGCGAGCGCACACCGGCAACGCCGUGACGGCCGCGCGGAUCCGGGAUCAUCUAGAAGCUGUAGGCCACACAUGUAUUCUGAAAGAUGCCCUUGACUUUGAAAGCUCAACUGAAGUAGCCAGCCUAAUCUGCACUGAGAAGUUUGAGGCAGCCCUGGCCCUUCAUCUUUAUAGAGGAGGCAGACUUUUACAAGGUCAAAGAAUACCUUUUGGAGUCAUCUUUGGAGGAACGGAUAUAAAUGAAGAUAUUAACCAUGGAGAAAAGAAGCAAAUGAUGGGGUCAGUUCUAGAAGAAGCCAGAUUUGCAGUGGCUUUUACAGAGUCAAUGAAGGAAAUGGCACUGAAUAUAUGGCCGCAUGCUAAGGGUAAAAUCCAUGUCCAAAACCAAGGAAUUUCAACAAUGCCAAAUGUCACCUUUAACUGGAACACAUUUCUACAAAGUGCAGGUAAUGUAUUACCUUUUUUUGGUAUGAUUUAGAUCAGAAUCCCUCUGGGUAAACCAGUGUUCCUUUACUGUAAGCUAUUGUCAAAGUUUGUGAUAAAGACACCCAAUUCUUAUUUAGAGCUAAAGGGGCCCUUAGUGGAGAUGGUCUUCAUGACAUGCUUGAUUUCUAGGGCAGCUGGGGUACAAUUGAUGGGGGAGAUGCCUCGAGAAGAUCUUCAUGCCAUCGUGAAAAAUUGCUUCGCUGUUGUGAAUAGCUCUGUUUCAGAGGGCAUGUCGGCUGCAAUUCUGGAGGCAAUGGACCUGGAAGUUCCUGUGUUGGCAAGAAACAUUCCUGGCAAUGCCGCCAUUGUUAAGCAUGAAGAGACAGGAUUAUUGUUCUCCCAUCCUCAGGAAUUUGUUCAGCAGGCCAAAAGACUGGUUAAUGAUCCAGCGCUAGAAAAGGAAAUUGUGAUGAAAGGAAAAGAGUAUGUGAGAUCGUGCCAUUCAUGGAAACUGGAACGAGACACCUAUCAAAAUCUUCUGCGGAAACUUCAGUGA